AUGACGACUACACCGAAUAGCAAAAGUCGUAACAAGAAGGAGGCGGCGGAGAAGAAGACGAAGACGUCGAAGACGACGACGACGAAGAAGAAGAAUUCAACGGUGUCAAUGUCGAAAUCUCAAACGUCGAUGGAUCAGAAGGAGAACGAGCCGAAGGAUGCUAAGAAGAAGGCAACGACGACGACUUCUGAAGUGGCCAAGAAGAAGGAGGUGGUGACUCCGAAUCCAAAGGAACCAGUCAAAGAUCAGGGAGACAAGGAUCAGAAGGAUGGGAAGAAGAAGGAUUCGAGAGCCGAUGACGAUGCUAAUAAGCCAAAUGAGCCAUCUGGAAUGGAUGUGGUUGUGAAGGAGGACGAGAAGAAGGUGAAAAUGGACGAUGGCUAUGAGGAUUUUGGUCCGGGUGCUCAGCAGAAUAAUUGA